AUGACGGCUUCGCGAGAUUAACUAGGGUUUUAGAGUCGGUAACUUUAAGCUUCAUAGAUUUCCUUCGCAGACAGAACAGGUGCCUGUUAGCACAGGCUCACAUAUUCACGCACAACAGGCUCACAUAUUUUGCUGCGUAGCCAUGGGUAUAUCACGCGAUUCUAUGCACAAGAGGCGUGCCACUGGAGGCAAGAAGAAGGCGUGGAGGAAGAAGAGAAAGUAUGAACUUGGCCGUCAGCCUGCUAAUACUAAGCUAUCAAGCAACAAGACAGUGCGACGGAUUCGUGUCAGAGGAGGAAAUGUUAAGUGGAGAGCGCUAAGAUUGGAUACUGGAAACUACUCGUGAGGUAGCGAAGCUGUCACCCGUAAAACUCGUAUUCUAUAUGUGGCUUACAAUGCUUCAAAGAAUGAGCUUGUCAGAACGCAAACUCUGGUGAAAAGUGCAAUUGUUCAAGUUGAUGCAGCACCCUUCAAGCAAUGGUACCUGCAGCACUAUGGUGUUGAUAUUGGUAGAAAGAGGAAGGCAGCUACUGCUGCUAAGAAGGAAACCGCAGAGACGGAGGGAGGAGGAACUACGGAGGAAACAAGAAAGAGUAAUCAUGUCCAGAGGAAGCUGGAGAAACGUCAGCAGGAUCGUAAACUGGAUGCCCACAUUGAAGAGCAGUUUGGAGGUGGUAGGUUGCUGGCUUGUAUCUCAUCCCGACCAGGUCAAUUUGGCAGAGCUGACGGGAACAUAUUGGAGGGGAAGGAACUCGAAUUUUAUAUGAAGAAGCUCCAGAGGAAGAAAGGCAAGGGUGCAGGUGCUGCUGCUUAGACUUGUUACGUUAUAAGUUUAGAUCAUAUAUUUUUUGUGAUACUCUGGCAAACAAAUUCAGUUCUUUGCUGGUGCAAAAUCUUUGAAGGCUUUGGGGCAA